CAGGAUGUUCAGUAUUUUGUGACAGGAAGAAUAACUCCAGCUUAUCAUACCCUAACGAAAGUGGAUUUUCAUCCCGUUGAUUCACGUCAUUGUGUUGUACCAAAAAUUUUUGGCAUAUACCAUCUACCUAUGAAGUAAAGGAUCACCAAAUGAUUGAGAACACUUCACGCAGCUGACACAUAUCAAGUCGUUGUUAUAGCGGAAAGAUGCUGAGUGACAUGCUGCCAACAAUUACGGAAGAUAUCGGAGUUCGUAGUGAUCGCGAAUCUACUUCCACGUGUGAUGGAGCAAAUGUGGAAGAUAUGCUCCUCAGUAUGCUGGAUGAACGUGAUCGCUUGAUGGAGGGUCUUCGGGAAGCACAAGAACAGCUGAAUAUCACACGUUCACGAUUGGCUGAAGUGGAACGAGAAAGGGACAAAGUAAACAGCCAACUUGUUUCCGCAAUACCGCAGGAUGUGAUUGUUUUAACGAGACGAGUUUCCGAAUUGGAGGAACAACUAAAUGAACGGGCAGAAGAGGUGGACGAACUCAAGGCGGAGAGAAAUAACACCAAGAUUUUGCUGGAGCAUUUGGAAACCUUGGUUGCGAAACAUGAAAGAUCACUUAGAAUGACUGUAGUAAAACGGCAUACCUUAACACCAGGGACACCUGGAAUCGCCUAUGCACCAGGUGUCACGGAGACAAUGGCACCUGACACGGACUCGGGUUUGAACGGAAUGACCUUGAAGGAUUAUGGGCAACAAGUCCGCACCGGGACGGAAAGUCCAUCAGGAACGGGAUUAAGUUCUGAAGUGGAAGUCUUGAAGGCGCUGAAAUCUUUGUUCGAACACCACAAGGCAUUGGAUGAGAAGGUCCACCAUCGUCUGAGAGCUGCACAAAAUCGCGUGACUGAGCUAGAAAAUGCCCUAUCAGUCGCGAGAACUUUGUCACCGAUGGAACCAAAAGAUUCGUUGUCCAAGGAAGCUCAGACAGAUGAAACUAAGCUGAUAUCAGCGCAGACUACAGGAUCAAUAGCGCCACAACCCCAAACGAAGACCAUGACUAUUCCACCGUCUACAUCCCUAUCUAGCGCACUAUCCGCCGCGGCAGCCGCAACCCAAGCGCUUAAUCAAGUAAAAGAGCUGCAGAAUAAUUUGGAUCAGCGGUCGAAUGAACUAUUGUUGGCGCGAAGGCAAGUAAUUGAAUUGACCAGUAGGUGCAAAGAAUCAACCGACUCAUUGAACUUUGCCCGAAACGAACUCAAGAGAACUGGUGAGCAAAUCGAAAGGUUAAACCGUGAGAUAAGAGAUGCCGAAACCCAGCGCGCUGAACAAGAGAAAAAGGUUUCAACGUUAGAACAACGUUAUCUGAAAGCUCAACAGGAAAUUGCCGUGAGUCAAGAGGCAGUCGAUAAGCUCCAAACCGAAUUGGCGGUCAAGUCAGCGCAGUCCAAACAGCAUGAAGAACGAUUACGCGUGCUACAAACUCGUCUGGAAAACACAGAAGAAGAAUUACUUAAAGCUAAGCAUGACGCAAUCAAUCACUUUCGGAUGCAAUCCCUCCUGCUGGACAACACAACGGCAACAACCACAACAGAUGACGAAUCUCACGACGAAUUUCAAACAGCAGAUGGGCGGGCGGCCGAAUACCAAACGAGUCCGACGAAGAUGAGAGAAACUUAUGAAAUGGAUACUGACCAUGAUGAGUCUGUUAGCCUGGGAGAUGCUGCAAAGGGUUCGGAAGACAAUACGUCAACCACUCAGACAACUAAAUCUACAGUGAUAAGUGUACCAAAGCAAAUUUCGUUCAAGUAUGUCACCGGGGAGGAUUCCGAAAUUGGCCUUUACGUCGAUCGUACCAGAGAACUAGACGGCGAACUAGAAGAGCUUAAGCACGAGUUAGUCAGGAUGCGAGAACAAGAAUUGUUGAACGAAGACCAUAUCGCCAGACUCUCUUCCACAGUAGAAAAUUUGUUACGAGAGUCCAACGAACGCCUGCAGAGUAACUUGGAAGAGCGAAUGCUUGCAAUGGAACAAAAACGCGAGUUGACUCUCGAAAUGGACCGCAUUAAACGCCAAUUGGAAACAAGCAUAGCCGAGCGUGAAGCGGGCCUUUCAGAGAGUAACCGGUUACAUCGACAACUAUCGGAGCUGGCUGUCACACUGCGUCAUACACAAGCACAGCUUGUCACCGCUCAGCUGACGGCUUCUGCGGCGAACGCAGCCAUGGCAGCUCUGGCGAAGUUCAGUCAAGAGCACGGCGCGCAAACAGCAGUUGAUACCCCAGUGGGUUUCGAAAACAAAUAUUCGCCAGGACAACAAAAUAUGUUUAUUACACCGACCAGUCCCGCUAACCCGAUCAACGUCCUUUCACAAGUGGUUCCAAAUCUUUGGAUAACGGCGCAACAAACACAAGACGAAAAGCAACCUAGAUACCAAGAUCCAGGUUUUCCAGCUUUCACAGCGUCCGGUCUUCUGUCUGGCAGCGCGCAGCUGGAGAAGGCCUUGCCGACAAACGAGUUACAAGAGCUCCUCAUUGCUCAGGGUUUAUAUGAUCCAACUGCAAACCACCCACAGUUUAUUGGAGGAGAUUCUACUCAAACGCAGCCGCAAAAGCAAGAACAGUUUUAUGUAAACGAUAUUACCAGACUAUUAGGCCAGCAAAGCUUAAAAUCGGAACAGCCGAACGUUAUUCCCGACGCACAGACAAACGCUGAGGCACUGGCUGUACUGAUACAAGAUCAACUAAAUGCAAUCAAUGAUGAGAUACAGUUAAUUCAAAAGGAAAAGGCGGAUACAGAACAGCGGGCAGAGGAAUUGGCAAGUCGCGUAGAGACUUCCCAGCGUCGACUCGAUGGGCAUUCAACCAAUUCCGGUAAUCAACAAUUUCAAGGAGCGCUAAAUAUUCUUCCAGAGAGACAAGCCGCAAACCGGACUGGAGUCGCUGGCUAUGGAGAUCGUGAUUUACUAGAUGGUCUGUUAGCUGUCAAGGACUCUGAAGGCGUUCGAAAACACUAUUUUUCUACAUCCCAAUCACCAAACGUAAGCAUGGAGGGUGCGACAUCAGAUCAAUUUCGUGCUGGAUAUAUGAAUGAUGUGACUCCUUAUUCCGCCACGCAUCGGCAACCUUCUGCCACUGGUUCAUUGGGACGUGAUUACGGAACGAAACAUAUGGAGACAAAUAUACAGGGACGAAGUACUUACGCUCGAACCAUUCCGAGGCCAGAGUCAGAAGUAGUCACGAAUCAACGCCAGUUUACACCUGGAACGUUUCUGGAGGCUCCUUUUCACGAUAGACUAAACGUUGUAUCAUCACAUUCAAAUCUACCUCCGGUGGAAGCCACUCAUCAACUCAGUGAGAAAUACUCCAUUACCGAAAAAGAGGGGGCAUACAAAAGGCCCAUUUUUGGACAAUCGGGAAAAUUGCCUCAGAAAGGUACGACCAGUGUUGGACUCCAGCCUGUUUCAGGACAGCCCCUGUAUUCGUCAACCCAAAUAUUCCAACCGGAAGACUGGACCGGCGGCUCUUUUGGUUUACCCGUUCAGGGCCCUCAAGUGGCACCAGCGGACCAACAGCUCUAUUACACGAAACAACUGGAAGGCCAGGCGGUGUCGAGAGAACAACCGGGUGCCCUAAUACCAUCAUCGAGAUUACAGUGGCAAAAUGAAACUGCACCUAUACAAACAGGUUAUCUGCGUUCUGCCAGUGGUCAAGGGCGUGGAACUCAUCCGAGCCCUGCUUAUUAUACUCAUCAUCAUCUCCAAGACAUGCCCUCAAGAUACAGUCCUCGCCCCCUUUCACAACAUCAUUUGGGAGCAGAGCCAACAAAUGUAGCAAGCCUACCCAGGCCGGCCUCGGCUGCUGCAAGGCCCGACUAUGCGCAGAACAGUCUGGUCCCAAGUUUGGGAAAGACUGAAUAUCCGUUUUUCUCGCCACCGAUCUCCCAGAAACCAGGUCUUGUGUCACGUGCCAGUGAAACCUACGCGCACCGGCUUGAUCGAGCAACAGGAGUUCAGCGGUAUAAGUCCAACAAAGAACUGCUGGAGGAUGCAAUUCAGUCACAACUUCCAUUCACAUCAUGGCCGAGUGAAACACUGGUAGCCUGGCUGGAGCGAUGGGUUGGUAUGCCAGCUUGGUAUGUGGCUGCAUGUAGAGCCAACAUCAAAUCCGGAGCAAUCCUGGCGUCGUUGUCGGACCAAGAUACCCAGCGUGAGCUCGGCAUCAGCAAUCCACUACAUCGACUAAAGCUGCGGUUGGCAGUGCAGGAAAUGCUUGCAUUCACUGCAUCCCUUGCCAACCCCAGCAGAGCGUCUAAUAUGGACGCUGCCUCUAGGACACUCUCGCGUAUUCACCUCGCGUCUCCCUUGAUUCAGGGUGAACUUAACCACGAAUGGAUAGGAAAUGUAUGGUUACCCAGUCUGGGCUUAGCUCAAUAUCGACCGGCGUUUAUGGAAUGUCUGGUAGAUGCGCGCAUGCUAAGUCAUUUGACAAAGCGUGACCUUCGGACACAUCUGAAAAUGGUCGAUCAGUUUCAUCGAAUCAGCUUGUAUUAUGGCAUAAUGUGUCUGAAAAGGCUGGAUUACAAUCGAACAGAGUUGGAACGUCGACGCGAAGCAUGUGCCACAGUGGAUUCCGAUGUCCUGGUAUGGUCCAAUGAGCGCGUCAUGAAAUGGUUGAAAAGCAUUGGGCUUCAGGACUACGCCGACAAUUUAAUUGAUUCAGGUGUGCAUGGGGCGCUCAUGGUACUCGAUCCGGAUUUUACCGCCUCCUCCCUGGCAAUGUUCCUUCAGCUUGCUAGCACAGACAUACAUCUAAGAGAACUAUUAGAAAGGCAAUUAAAUAUUAUCCUUGAACCCUAUCGAGCCUCAGUAACCAGACAGCCAGGAAGCAGACCAGCACAGCCGUCAGCUGACAACGCAGGAGCAGUUUGUAUGAGUACUGCUCAGAAUCCAGCUCAAAACCUCUACUAUAGUCAUUCUGAGAAACCUUCCUCUGGAUUAACAAACCAGGACUGGCUUUCCAGAAUAGAUAUGGAUCAAAAUACUCAUGGUUCUUACACUGCUGUAGAUACUCAUGCUCCGCCUAUCCCUGCACGCAGCAAAGAUAGCACCCGGGAUUGGAGUCUAUCCCGAUCACGUGACGCUGAAAGUGCAUCGAAGGUGGUCGGUACCAGCUACUUUACAGCUACCUCCAUUCCGAGCAACCGGUAGUUGCAAUGACCAACGAACGAAAUGUGCAACUUGGAUAACUUGAUACCCGCCCAAUUAGCAUUUUGACUGCAUUUCGUCAGGGACCCAAUUUACAGCCCUACCGGGAAGGUCGGUUUCCCCGACGAAGUUCAAUGUAAAUCAAAGGGAACAAGGACUUCAACCUUCCGUGUAGAUGUGCAGCGAACGUCCGGAUGGCUAUGAUAUACCGAAUUGCAAUGUAUAGGUUUAAAAAUACUUCUGUGAUCAGUACAUUUAUAUAAACUUUUCAUACUGAAACAAACCGCAAGAGCCAUAGAUCCAAAGUAUGACAGGCAUCUCCAAGCAAAUGUCAGAUUUAUCCUUAUGCGAAAAUACAAAACAAGUAUACACAAGCAUUUUCCAUGAGACUCAGUUAUUCUUGUUUUUUUCUGCUGCCACACUCUUAUUGUGGCAAGUUUAACCGUCUUCUUUUGUUUAUCUUCCUUUCGAAACAAUCGACCUCAUUACGUGCUUCACUUAUAAUCAUUCCUGUCCUCUUGAAAUUUUCUAUACAGAAUAUUUA